AUGCUGCACCAUGAGCAGAAAAAAAUUCCCCCAGUACAGUUUUCUCAGUUUGAAGGACAGUUGCCGCAGGAAGAAAGGGUCGAUGGAGUGGUGCAUGCUGCUUUAGAGUCCUCGGCGGCGUGGCAGCUACAACGUGAACACACAGAAGAAUCCCUUGGUAAUAGGCCCCAAGACCCCACAUACCGCAACGAAGACAUCAUGGUGAUGCAUAACGGAGACCUAACCGAUGCUAAUGAUAACCGCCUUCCAUUUCCACCCACCAGCGCCGUUUUCAAAAGGCACACCCUAAGACAUCCAACCAAACAGCUACCACCACCACGGGUUCCCCAACAGAUCGAGUUUGUCAGGGGAUCGCCUCUGUACACCAAACAGUUGAUCUUCCUUUUUGGCGCUUCUUUCUUUGGCAUGGUUCCUCUACUGUCGUACUUUUCAAUGGCGACUUUACUUUGUUGUGUUGUCGUCACAUAUAUACUCGAUUACCUGGGGUUCACGCGUAGCACAAUUGCUGCACUUCUUGGAACAGUUUUACUUUUUAGCGCUGCUCUCCUUUUGUCUAACCUGCACACAAUGUCCACAAGCAUUGGACCUAUUUUCAUGAUACUGGACUUUGGUGCGCUGCUGGUGUUGGCCACAGCAGCAGCAGCUUUGCAUUUUCGUUAUCUACAGGAUAACUACCCUGAGCUUAUUUGCAUACUCGAUCGCCUUGUCAUAGGUCUAACACCAGUACUGGCGCUUCCCUUUCUUCUUACCGGCAUCAUCGCGCUUGGAGGCUCUCGUCGCGCACCUUUGUGGCUUUUAGUAGUGAUGUGUGCAGAGAGCUAUUAUUUUUAUCGGCCAAUCAAUAGCAGCUUUAUCUGUGCCCGUCAGCUUGUUGCAGAGACCGAUAAGGUCGCUGGGCUUAGUAAUGGAAAGCAUAGGAAAGAGAAAGACGAAGCUUCUAGCAACAAUGCAGAUGCUAAAAAAAACACAAACGAGUACACCGCUGAAGGAACAGAUCUAGCACCUGUUCAGCUAAAUGAACGCACAGAGUCAAUUAUCUUCACACUUUUACUCCUCACGCUUCCCAUCGCAGUCUAUACGACUUUGCAGAGCAACUUUUUUGAUCACCUUAUUCCCAACCUAUUCAAUUGUUUUGGCUUGCUAUGCAGUGGCGCCGGCUAUCUCUGUGCGUUCCCAAGUCACACCUUCUGGUUUCUCGUCCCAGAGAAGGAUGCAAAUGAAGAGGAUGAUUACCAUCGUCUUGCAUAUGAUCCAUAUGGCCUGGAGGUCCUGAUUCGCGUGCACCGUUUCAAAAUUGUAGUUAUUGUUUGUAUUUCGGUAAUCAACUGGAUGGCUUAUCGCCUCGUCCGCUGCCGUUACAAAUACCUAUUUGACGGCAUCCCAUAUCCGUAUAACUUUUUCGUGCUUCUGCUUGCUUUGUACAUUUUGCUAUACGCGAUUAUUCAAGCAAAGCUGCUGCUUGAUGCGGAUGCCGCAGGAGAUAGUACUAAGGUGAAGCAUCCUUUAAGGAAGCGUAUUUCUACUGUUGUCAGUGCUAUGAUCGUCACACUGAUCUUUUGCUUGCUAACUGGGGCUCCUGGAAUUUUUUACCUCAUGGGUGUAUUAAGCGUUUUUGGAUUUCAUAUGUUUUUGUUAGAUCGCAGUGCGGCUGGCCCGAUAGCAUAUUUUAUUAUCUUUUCGAGUUUCCUGUUGUUGUGGUGGAUGUAUCGUACAUUUUCCUUUGUAGUGUUAGAUUUGCAUGUUCUCGGGAGCUCCGUAAUAGUGCCAACGUCGGCGGUGGCUGUUGCGGUGCUGCUCUGUUACAUUUUGGGAUGGGUAAGCUUCGCCUUUUCGUUCCAAAAGAGCAAUUUCUUACUAACGAUCUUUCUUUCCCUGCAUGCUGCGGAACUAUCUUUUGUGGAGGAGGUGCUAUACUCCCAGAAAGAGGAAGGUUCCUAUCCGGUGGUGCUGGUGGGGUUUACAAGUGGCGUGGGUAUCCUCAUGGCUUGGCGUCUGUUUAAGAACGAAGUUCUAACUGUCGCACCAGCCGCUCUUUUAGCCUCUUUUUAUGUCGCGAAGGUGUUUGUGUUUCUUGUCGAAGUAACGGGUUCCUAUUAUCAGGCCGACAUGGAAUGGAGUUCAUACGUUUCGACCAUUAGCAUGGUUGAGAUAAACGCGGGCUGGUGGGUGGCUCUCCUUUCUAGUUAUAUCAUCGCCAUCUUUGAGAUUGAAGGAAGGCGACGCGCCAGAGUGCGAAACGCGCAGCUACUUAUCUACGGCUAUCUAGUCUCUGCGGGGCUUUUGUCUCUUUUGACCAUUCGAAACCUCCAGCGGGCGGUAUACGAAUUCUUCACACGGAGCUACAUCGGCUCUGACGAGCUGCCUCAUAUUGCACUCGGCACUGGUCUCUUGACAUUUUGUCUUUUAACGCUAUGCUUUUUAUCUAGACAUAAAGCCCGCUACGAUUUUAUCAAUCACUUGGUAUCUUUGAUGCGUUUUAGCGGCAUCGUUGGUGUUAUGAUGCUGGUGGUGCAGCCUACACGCAUCACGAACCACCGGAGCCUUUCCUCUGAGUAUGAACUAUGCUAUGCAGAUAGGGGACGAUACGCCACGGUGUUGGGCAUUUUCUUCUUAAUUUUUGGUUGCUACGUACCUCUGCAGAGAUUACCGGAAGUGCUACGCGGUUUGUACUGGGCCUGUGCCUCACUUGCACUGGCCUUUGGGAUUACUACUACCCUACUGCCAAUUUCCACAGUGCCUCUUUUCUGCACCGUUAGUGUGGUAGUGUUUUUCGACCUUGUUGUUUUGGACUUUGCUCAUUAUCGGCGGCUGCAGUCCAUAGAGAUCUGGAUUUUUUAUGGACUUUCUGUCUGUGGAAUCGUUGCAUCCUUCUUCGCUCUUCGUCGUGUGAAGCUCCUGCAGGCGGUAGGAGGAGAUGAGUUCCUGGCGUUGGUGAUGCAUGAAGAGGGUCGCACGCGUUUUAUGUCUAUCAUGGCCGUGAUUAACUUGUUUCUUGUCAUCUUGCUCAGGGCGCGGCUGAGUGGGCGGCCGCUACUUCCUGGGUGCACGCCUUUAAAGCCAUUCAUUGUCAAUCAAGUCAGUGUUUUGUGCAAUGGGGCGGUCUUGUUUACUGUUAGUAUUCUGUAUCUUCUGAACUUUUUGUGCAACAACGGUGAACCUAGUUUCUACGCGUCCUGCUCACUGUUGUUGGCGCUGCUUACAAAUGACAGAAACACUAUCAACAAGAUUGAAAAGGCCCAUUUCUCGUACUUUCUUAUGAUUAUUUCCACACUCACUGUUCUGUGGUUGUCUUUCCUUUCUGAAGGCUGGGGAGCCGGGAGGGGCUUUGCCGGUGUUAUUAAGCUAAUAACCAGCACUUUGGCGUUCUCCUUGCCAUUGCUCCUAACACAGGUGAGCUUAUUGGCACGUUUGUGGUAUCAUCGAGGUGCGCGGCGUGCUCACUUUAAAAACACCCGCUUAGACUUCGGGAUUGUGUUAGUUAUGGUGAUGAUAAACAUCUUAGUCCUCUUUUUGAUAUCCUGUAAGAAUGUCCAAUGGAUGUGUAUUGUGACUAUCUGUGGUGAAGCUGCGCUUGUGAUUGGGAACCGGCUUCUGAAAUUUUAA